GUCAAUGUGUCGAUGAUACUCAUAUGAUUGUGAGAAAAAAAUUACACUAUUUAAUUAAACGACCGCAACUACUUAGCAUUCAAUAUAAAUUACAUUAGUAAGAUCAAAUACACGUAACGGAAUGAUCGAUGGAUCACAAAUGAACGGUUGACGUAUAAUAGCAAAAGAUAUCCAAGUAUAUUACACACAUAAUUGCCAAUCGGUGAAAUGGAAUGCGCACGAAUACGAUUAUCGUCGUUCUCGGCGGUUUUGGUGAUGGUCACGACGACGGCCCUACUCCUGGACGGUAUCAAAGCCACCUUGAUAGACCUAGGUCACAGUUACCGGUUCGGGACGACAACGUGCUGGGACCCAACACAGCGGUUCAACGUAUUCGACGUGCAAACGGGAUCGGGGCCGAACGGAGUGUACAUUACGGAGAGCUUCUCGACGCCUGAACACUGCGGCACUCAUAUGGACGCCCCGUUUCACUUUAAUCCGGCCGGUUGGAAGCUGCAAGAAAUCCCGCUACACCGGACGGUGGUUGAAGGCGUACACGUGAACGUAAGUAACAAAGUCAAUGGAAACGGCGACUUUUUACUGACCGUCGAUCAUUUGAAAGCGUGGGAACAAGACAACGGCCCGCUGCCGGAUCGAUCAGUGAUAUUGGUAAACUUCGGUUGGGCUCACAAAUUUGGCGAUCGUCAAUCGUACUACAAUGGAUUACAUGAGCCUUACAGGUUUCCUGGUCUGUCCGGGAACGCGGCCCAGUGGAUCGUCGAUUCCGGAAAAGUGUACGGCGUCGGGGUAGACGGGCCAAGCGUGGACCCCGGCCGGUCGAUGUCGUUCGAUGUGCACGGAAUACUGUCCAAAGCCAAUUUGUACAACCUGGAAAACGUGGCAUUGAACGGUACGACGCUGCCGGCGAGGGGGUUCAAGCUGAUCGUGCAACCGAUCAAGAUCUUCGGCGGAACCGGCGGUCCAGUUAGGAUAUUGGCUUUCACGAACGACACGUUCGAAUGACGCGACCACAAGCCCAUACGGUGCGGUUGUCGAUUUUUCAUUUCUCGCUCUCCCCCCUCCUCACACACAGACCCAUCAAAACAAUCUCCUCCCCCUGAGACUGUACGCUACAGUUCACAUGACACACAUCACGGGAAAUAUGUAUAGGUAAACACUUAAGUUUAAAUCGCUUAUAAAUUUGUACGAUUUAUUAAAGAUUUUGUUCGUUCAUCCAUUUAUUUAUCGAUUGUUAUAUAAACUUCUUUAAAUAGAGUAAAAUGUAAAUUAAAUGUUUAUAUUUA